AAUCGUACGUGGUGUUCGCGUUCGCGCGGCUUUUUCAGCUAUUUUGACCUCUGUGCUUUGGGGGCGCCACCUCUCAAGCUUUGCUUUGUAAUAAUAGGAUGAAGAUAACGCGACACGAAAUCCAUAAUAUUGAAAUCCACGCUUAGCUGUGACCUCUUUUUGCCGCUUGUUAGUCACCAGAUUAACUUUACAUCAAGGUGUGACGAUUUCAUUCAGUUUGCUUGCGAACGACGAGAAUACGGGCUGAAAAAGAUACCCACAUUUUACAGGUCUUAGGUGCGCGAAGGAUGAUAACGCAGCAGCUUAUACGUACAGUAGUUGCUCAGAUAAAACGUUCGCGACUGGUCUGGCGACGUGAAAUGGACACGGUACUAGAUCGCUGGUGAAAAAAUAAUACGUGGCACAUCAGUCGGUUGCAGCAAUUUUUUUUACAUCCUCUCCCUCGUUCGAAUGAUCAAUAUUCCAUUUUGUUUCAACCCGUACCCGAAGACCGUUCUCAUCGAUUCGCGUUCUCGUAUAUUUCUGUUCAUCUACUUACAUCUGUACUGGCCUAGGCUACUAGAAACAACUCUAUCACAUUUCUAACCACAACUUGUAUCUAUAGUAGAUGCAACUACGUCGACUGAUACGAGCCCAAUUUCUUCAUAUUUAUGGCUGACAAAUGUACAUUAAGAUUGUUGAGACUAAUUGCAGUGAUAAGUCUAAUCCGUUGAUAAUAAUUACAGUUUCUGCAUUUAUAAUUGCAAUCGAUUAUAUUCAAAUGUCAAAGCGUGGAUUCGAGCUACUUUCUUGCUAAACCAAAUUCGCUUCGUCUCAAAUGGAUCGGAAUUAAGAUGCUUCAUGUUAUUGGGCAAUGAUAAGAGUAGAUGAAUCCAAAUCAAAAUUUCCCGUCAUUCUCGCCGCACGCUUCUAACUGAAAUAAAAUUUGCAUCACGUCAAAACGUAACAAAAAUGCCAGCUGCGAAGCUAAUGAUUACGCGUAUGUCGAUCUGCAGACAACUGAAUGCUGAAAAAUAUGCAAAAUGUUACUCUACCAGUUCGCCCUCGUCGUCCGACCGUUAUCCGGGGACUUUCGACCUUGUGAUAGUAGGGGGUGGAAUAGUGGGAUGCGCGACGGCGAGAGAAAUGCUGGUAAGGCAUCCUGAAAUGAAAAUAGCGAUUGUGGAGAAGGAAACGAAACUGGCGAUGCACCAGACCGGACACAAUAGCGGCGUGGUGCAUGCCGGAAUUUAUUACACCCCCGGAAGUCUAAAGGCGAAAAUGUGCGUCGAGGGUGCUAAGUUGUCGUAUGAUUAUUUUUCAAAAAAUAAUAUACCGUACAAAAAAGUUGGCAAACUUAUAGUAGCUAAAAACGCAACGGAGACGCAAAGAAUCAACGAUCUGUUUGUGCGAGGAGAAAAAAACGGAGUACCCGAUCUCAAAAUCAUAGAAAAGGAUCGUAUUAAAGAUUUUGAAGCAAAUAUCAAGGGGGAAAAAGCUCUGUGGUCACCGUGGACGGGAAUAGUCGACUGGGGUCUCGUCUGCAACGCUUUUGGAGAGGAUUUCAGAAAAAUGGGUGGUGAAAUAUUCCUCAACUCUGAGGUAACAGGGUUCACGGAAAUGAUCGAAUCGAAAGAUGCACAGGGUAAACUAAUGCCGAUGGUAGUUCACACGAGGAAUAAUAAGUAUAUUCCCACGAGGUACGUCUUGACUUGUGCGGGAUUGCAUUCGGAUCGCGUAGCUAAGUUGACCGGAUGUGAUCCAAAUCCUAGGAUAGUUCCAUUCCGAGGGGAGUAUUUCCGAUUAUCCGAUGCGAAAAAAUCUCUCAUAACGACGAACGUAUAUCCGGUACCAGACCCCAGACUUCCUUUUUUGGGCGUUCAUUUCACCCCCCGAAUGUCCGGGGACAUGUGGAUAGGGCCAAAUGCUGUCUUAGCAUUUUCCAGAGAGGGAUACAGUUGGACCCAGAUGAACUUGAAGGACUGCUUGGAAAUGGCAACAUUUCCAGGCCUGUACAAACUCUGUUUCAAAUACGCGGUGCCCGGAUGUCACGAGAUGAUAAAAUCCAUAUUUCCGCAGCUGACUAUUAAAGACUUGCAGAAAACAUUUCCCGGGCUCACUAAAAAAGACAUUUUGAGGGAUAAAGCAGGAGUCAGGGCUCAAGCUCUCAAUGCCAAAGGAGAACUGGUAGAUGACUUCGUAUUCGAUGGAGGUCAAGGCAGCAUAGGAAGCCGAGUAAUUCAUUGUCGUAAUGCUCCGUCACCUGCAGCGACAAGCAGUAUGGCAAUAGCAAAGUUCAUUUCGGACAAGUUGAAGAAAGACUUCAAGUUGUGAUAAGUAUCUGUGGAAGAUUGAGUCCCACAGCUUUUAUCCCAGUGAAACCAGGGACGAUGAUCAUGGUGAGACUAGAGAAAGGAUAAUGAAGUUCGGGCAGCAUAAAAUGAGUUCAUUUAUUUCUGGUAACAAUAACAUUGCGUGCCUUAGUCUGUUUUCUCAAAAAAUAAAUCUUAUUUACAAUA